UACCAGAAUGUGGCCCUUGAUAUUCGAGGACCAGCCUGCCAUAAUUUAUGUGGACCUCUAUGUGACCUCCAUCAUAAAUGUGAAUGAAAAAGACCAGAGCCUCACCACACAAGUCAAAACAAUAACUGCCUGGCCAGAUUCAAAUAUGAAGUGGGAUAAAACAUUAUUUUGUGGAAUGGAAACAUUUGUAGCCCCCAAAAAUAUGUUUUGGACUCCAGACAUUGGUAUAAUAGAAAGCAUCAAGACAGAGUUUGGAACAAAGGAGUCUCCAUAUGUGAAGUUGAUUCAUCUCGGCGUAAUUGCCUCUUCUGAUAUUUUAGCUCUGACCACGGCCUGUAGGAUGGAUCUCUACAGGUUUCCCUUCGACAGCCACAGCUGCAAUAUAACAUUGCAAUCUACAGCAUAUUCAAUUCAGGAGAUUAGAAUUAUUAAAUUUAGUGAUACAACAUGGAUUACCAUCCAGUCCAAGAAGACCUUUCACACUCAGGGAGAGUGGGAGCUCAUCAGUAUAAAUGUGACUAACUCUAUUACCAACAUUAUUGAGGUGAUAGAAAUGGAUCAGCUGAUAUAUCAGAUCACCAUAAAAAGGAGACCUCUAUUUUAUGUCAUCAACUUCAUGUUACCAGUAUUUUUCUUCCUUGUUUUGGAUGUGAUGUCCUUCUUCAUAGAUGGAAGUGGGACAGACAAGCUGAGCUUUAAAGUGACUUUACUGUUGUCUAUUUCUGUGUUCCUGCUGAUCCUUAAUGACACGUUGCCCUCUACAGCUGAUAAAAUCCCACUGAUUGGGAUUUUCUGCAGUGUGAUUUUUAGUCUCAUUGGCAUCAGCCUUCUGGAAACCAUCCUUGUCAAUUUUCUAAAGGCUAAAGGAGCAAAGAAGAUAUUAGUGGACACAACAGCUACUGUUCCUGGCCAAAAUGACAAUGUCAGAGACCCACAGAGCCCUCCAGACUCAGUUAAAGAUCAGAAUGAACAACAAGGGUCUUGUACCCUUGACCUUCUAAAGCAGAUCCUCACUGAAUGUUGUGCUGCAAUUCAGCAAAACCAGCAAAAGAAGAUGUCUCUGUGCUGGACAAGAGUGGCAAGCAUCAUAGAUGUGACCUUCUUAGUUCUUUACAUAUUCACCAUUAUUGUGUUUCUGUCUGUGUUAGGGAAGCUUUGGUUAUAUCCAUGAAAUAUCACCCUAUACAAAAGCACAGACAGCCAGGCACAAGAACAGUUUCUUCCCUCAGGCAAUCAAUCUCAUGAACACUUAACUUGACAAUAAAUGUGUAACACACAACACUACAUAUAUUUAUUUAACACAUAAACUUACUUACAUUUCCCUGCAUUUGUACAUAACAAACCUGUACACACAUCUAAUACCAUCUGUCUAUUUUGUUUUCUUUAAAUAUCCAUAUAUAUAUUUUGUAUAUUGUUAUUCACUGUUUGC